UCGCAGAGAGGGGAGCAACAUUUGCGACGGACCAACAUGACGGCGAAACAGAAGUAACGAACUCUGUAAUAGCCGAUAAUAACUGAUAAUUGUAAUGGACCGUGUUACCGCUUAACAAAAGCUGUCACUACCGCUUGUUAGAAUACCUUUAUUUAUCUGUAUUCUCUGUUAGAGCCACUGGAGACAAGUGUCGUAACGAAGUUCUUGCUUUAGUUUCAAAUGUGGGGCGAAAUCGACCCUCCCGCUCCUCCUGUUAGAGCACAACCGAGUUCUAUUCCUUCUUUGAGUUCUUGUGAGCCCGAAGACGAGAGUAUAUCACCGGUAGUACCACAGCCACGACCCCGACCGACAGACACGCUGCAUCCACUACAAGACCCCCAGUUUGUAAGCCAGGCAGAGUCAGUCUCUAUAAAUGACAUGCUGGAGGCCAUAGCCAAGAGCUCCAGUCCGGUGAAGAGCCAGCAGAUAGGAGACGCUGAACUGACCCUGCAGGAGCGCAGAGACGAGCUGCUGCUGCAGUACAGGAGCAGACCUCUGGUGUUCCUGGAGAAGUACCAUGCCUACCUAAAGCCCCAAGACUUGUCAGCGUUUGCCCACGUCUGCUCAGACCCCCGGACUCAGCACUACAGCAAAGUGAUCGAGAGAAGAGCUGCAGCAUGUACCAACCGGACCAGGGUCAGAAACCAGCGCUAUGCCGCCCUCAGAGCCCUGCAAAGAGAGGGUCAGUAUUUCAGCGAGGAGCAGAUGCGGACGAGGGAGCCGCUGCUGUACGAGCAAUACAUCGGCCAGUACCUGACUGACGAAGAGGUGCUGGAGCGCUCCCAGGAGGCCAUGCAGGAUGAUGCACAGGGGGCACCAGCAGGGGGCGCAGGAGGGCUCGCCCACUUACUCCUCAACUCGUACCAGGAGCGUCUCAUCCAGAACCGUCUGCAGGAGGAGCAGGAGAGAGAGGAGGGAGCACAGGAGGAGGAGGAUGAUGAUGAAGAAGGCGAGGAGUAUCCUCCCCAGCCGAAGGGAUGGGAGCCGAGCCCUGAGGAGAAGGCUCUGCUCAGGGAGGAGUUCAUCAGUCAGAUGCACCAGCACUUCCUGGAUGGCAAGGACAAGGAUUUCAACUACAGUGAGGUGGAUGAGAACCCGGACUAUGACAACUUGGACAUCGUCAGCAGAGACGCGGAGGAUAAAUACUUUGACGAAGACGACGAAUCGGAGGAAGACGAAGAAGACAUGACAGAAUAGCAGAUGUGACAGUAGGAACAACUGUUAAACUCUUGCUGCUUCGAUUGGAACUGUAAAUAUAAUGUACAAAUUCGGGCCUUGUAUUAAAUGUUGAAAAGGUUACACACGAGUUGAAACUGUUAGAAAUAAAUGUCUGUGGGUUCUUUU